AGCAAAGAUGAUAUUUCUUUGACAAAUCCUUAUUUCGUUAUUGUAAGUUCCAUGUUAUUCUUAAUAAGCGUCAUACAAUUUUAAACUUAAUUGUAGACAAUGCUUAAGGUUGACACAUUUUCGUGACGUCUCUAGAAUUUUUGUAAACACGCUUGUCGAAUACACAAUUUCUAUAGUUGAAUAGGCUAUUUAUUGCGGAAGUAAUGGCUUCCUAAAAUUUAAUUGGAGACAUAUUAACAAAGUAAUUAUUAAAAUAAACAAACAAUAAUUGUGGCACAAUAUCAAGUGUUCAUUUAAAGCAAAUGUUUCUGGUGAAUAUCUGUAUUAUCCGGCGUUUUCCCCUUAUUCUAUGUUAGGCCGCGUCCCAUGAAUUAAAUACAAAGAUUAACUUGCAAAAUAGGAAUGAGUUUGAAUUUGUCUGAAUAUAUUGCAUCUAGUAAACGAUAUUUAUACCAUCGAGAAGUUGAUGCAUAUCAAUAUUUUGGUUGUUAAAAUGUAAAAGACAAUGAAAGCUUGUUAUACAUACAGAAGAUAAAUAAUUAGAGGCCUGGAAGUGGUUGUAGUACUUCGAUUAUUAUGAGUAACGUUCGAAGUAGUCAUUCGCUACUAAGUAAAAUGAAAGAGUUGGAAGAAGACGAUGGGUCUGAUGACUCGAUAGAUAGCGAAGAUGACGACGAGACCAUUGCAAGAAUACAACGGGCUCACUUCGCUCAGGCGGCAGCUAUGAACUCUCGUAGGCGUGCAGCUCCGCGUCCCAGACCAAUGAGCCAUAAAAGAAAAAUGGAAGCUGUUAAAAAUUUCCACAAUUUCACUAAGAAACUGAAAAAAGAUACUGGUAUCACCAUUCACAGCUUAGUAGGCAACAACAUUUUAGAGUUGAGUGAUUUCUCAAGUGAAGACAGUAAGUCUGAAAGUGAUGGUUUGUCUGAAGAAGAAUUCGUAGUGAACCCUAGUGCUGUUCAGGAAUUAGAAGAAGACAAUGAAAGUUAUAUUGACCCUUUUACUGGUGAUAUUGUACAAACUAAAAAGAAACAUGUUGCUUCACCAGUACUUCAACAGCAAAUAGCUGUAGUAUCUAAUACAGGUGGAGAGGUAGCGGAACAGAUAAAACCUGAGACGAGUAUUGAACCCGAAAGUGUUACUGAUGAAACUCCUAAAACAUUGUCAAUAAGUGACAUUAUUAAUGAAGGUGAUUUGGAUCUAACAAACAAGAAUGUGGAAAUAGCUGAAGUGGAUGAAGCAGAGUUGUGUACUGAGAAAACUUCCGAAGACCUCUUGGAUAUUAAACAGGAGGAAAAUAGCCAGGAUUUUGAUAUAACUGAAAAACUAAAAGAAAUGGGAGAAAUUAGUGUCAAACCUGUGAAAAAGGAAGAAGAAGAGUCAACACAAAAGGAAGGUGAAACUGAAGAUAAAAAAGUUGAUCCAGAUGAUGAGAAGAAAACAACAAACACAAAUGCUUUGAAUGUACGUCGCAACAUCAGAGAAGUUAUGGAUGAAAAGAAUUUAGAUGCAUCCACAUUGGCAGCACAGCGACAAGAAUCAGAACGUCUGGCUAGGGUUCAAGAACAACAAAGGAUUAUAAGAGAGGUCCAAAGACAAAUUGCUAUAAACCGUCAAAAUAAAAUACACCAGAAAACAUUAUCUUUACUGCAAGGUGGCUCAUCAUUACUGAAGAAAUCUGGUGCUGGUCAGAAGUUGAAUUUGCCGAAUACAGUGUUAGUAAAACUACCGUCUGGUGAAGUAAAGAAAACUACAGUGAAACAAGGUCAAUUAGAAGUCACAAAAUUAAUGAAACCUACAACAUCGGGUGCUAUAUUACAGAGGCAUGAAAAACCUUAUCAGAAGAGUGAGAAAAAAGAGGUCGUUGAAAUAGUUGAUAGCAGCAGCGGUGAGGAGUCAUCCUCAUCUUCGUCAGAUUCAGAUGACUGUAUCAUGUUAUCAGAUUCUGAAGUUCCGCCUAGUCCUGAAGCAGCAGAUGAGGAUCCCAACAAUUCAGGUCUUCAUGUCAAUGAUGCAUACAACAUUCCGGAUGAACAAGGUCGCGUGUUGAUUAAUAUUGGUCAUCCAGAAAACGAAGAAGAUAUAUUUGUAGCUCCACAAAUCGCCAGAAUCAUAAAACCACAUCAGAUUGGUGGAGUGCGGUUUUUAUUUGAUAAUAUCAUUGAAUCAGUAGAGAGGUUUUCCACUUCAACAGGUUUUGGUUGUAUUUUAGCACAUUCUAUGGGUCUCGGCAAGACUUUGCAAAUUGUGUGCUUCUGUGAUAUAUUUUUACGACACACGCAGUCCAAGACGGUAUUAUGUAUUAUGCCUAUCAAUACAUUACAGAAUUGGGUGGCUGAAUUCAAUAUGUGGCUGCCUUUAGAUGCAACUAAUAGCCCUUUAGCAGCUCAUGGCGAAGUGAGACCAAGACAUUUUCAAAUAUAUGUUUUAAACGACAGUCACAAAACAUUGCAAAUGCGAGCAAAGGUUGUAAAGGAUUGGACAACCACUGGUGGAGUACUUAUGAUAGGUUAUGAGUUAUAUAGAUUACUAAGUAUGAAAAAAGACAAAAAACCUCGUAAGAAAAAGAAAGCUGAUUUGAAAGCUGAUGCUGAAAAAGAAAAGGAGGAUAAGAAAAAUGAUAAAUUCGAUGGUCAUAAUGAAGACACUCAAAAUUCAGACAGUACAAAUCAAACUAAAGGAUUGGAAGAGUUAAAAGAAGAUGGUGACAGUAAACUUGAUGCAGAUGGCAAAGACGACUCCAAAAAAGAGGAGAAGAAAGAAGACACUGUUACUGAUGAAGAUAAGAAACUCUUAGAUGAAAUGUAUGAAGCUCUGGUAAAGCCAGGCCCUGAUCUUGUGAUAUGUGAUGAAGGUCACCGAAUCAAGAACUCCCACUCCAACAUAUCAUAUGCAUUGAAGCAAAUGAGAACUAAACGUAGGGUUGUGCUGACUGGAUACCCAUUACAAAAUAAUUUACUUGAAUACUGGUGUAUGGUAGAUUUUGUUCGCCCUAAUUAUCUUGGUAGUAAGACUGAAUUCUGCAACAUGUUUGAACGUCCUAUUCAGAACGGUCAAUGUAUAGAUUCUACGCCCCAGGACAUACGUCUCAUGCGUUAUAGAGCGCACGUUCUACACUCGCUACUCGUUGGUUUUGUGCAAAGACGUUCUCAUGCCGUGUUACAAUCCACUCUACCACAAAAAGAAGAGUAUGUGCUUUUAGUGCGAAUGACACCGUUACAAAGAAAGUUGUAUGACAGAUUCAUGAAUGAAGUAGUCCGAUCUACGUCUGUGCCAAACCCUUUAAAAGCAUUCGCUAUUUGCUGUAAGAUUUGGAAUCAUCCUGAUGUUUUGUACAACUUUCUGAAGAAACGUAGCGAAGUCAAUGCCGCUAUAGAAGAAGAUUUAGAUUUAGAAGAAAUUGGUGGCGUGACUAAGGCAGGGCGCCCUAAAACCUCUAAAGCCAAACCUGGACGACCAGCCAAAUCACGGGGUGCAUCUAAGAAGCCUGCAGCUACUAUACAGCCGAACACAACAGGGGUAACACCGAAUCGAUCUGAUCAAAAUACUUUUAACACUUUUAAUAAUCCGCCCAAUGGUCCGUAUAAUCAACCACCCAGUACAUACCGACCUGAGCAACCAGGGGGAUCGUUUCCCCCAUAUCCUAAUUAUCAGAACCAAGGUCCUGGAUAUUACCCACCAAAUCAAAAUUACAAUCAGAAUUAUGAUAGCAAUUACUAUCAACAACAACCACCUUACGGUAAUAAUUACCCAAAUCAAUAUCCUCAAAAUAACCCCGAGCAAGGCUAUAAUCAAAAUUAUUGGGGAAACGGCAAUUAUUAUGGAAAUUCUGGAUAUUACAAUAAUCCACAAUAUCCUAACAAUCAGCCCUCACAGGAGUACAGAGGUAAUCCUCCUGCUGAGUUUAGUAACCCUCAGCAGUUUCCACCCAACUACAAUCCACCUCCACAGCAGCACAAUCCAGCAUAUGGCAAUAAUGCAUUGCAACCAUAUCAAAACAAUCAAGAAGGAUAUGGAAAUCAACAGAGGCCACCAUAUCAAGGUUAUAACCAACCUGGGUAUCCAGACUACAAUCCGAAUGCUCAGCCUGGACCAUCUUCCCAAGAAUAUUCUAACCAAUCUUAUCCUCCACCUUAUCCCGGUAAUUCAACGUAUGGACCUAAUGGUACGCCAUACAAUCAAUACGAAAAUCAACCACCGAACUAUCCUAAUAAUAUGCCAGGUUACCAAAAUAAUAUCCCGCCUAAUACACACGCUAACAAUGCUGUGGAACAAACUAUAAAAUCUGAACCGAACACGCAAGCUUACCAUAACAGUGAGACAAAACCAGAACCCAAUGUCGGGUUACCUCCUAAUACUGAUGCGGGGCCCUAUUCAAAUCAAGGUUACAACUAUCCGCCGAAUGCCGCAGCGCCUGGAUUCCCGCCUGAUUCAACUGAAAACACUAAUGUUACUUAUCCAACUCAAUAUCCAAAUUUCCCUUCACAUUUGGAAACAAAACCGCCUUUAGGAAGUGCAGGCUCAGGCAGUCCUGUUACUUCAUGGCCAAUUACUGAGAUAAAAACCGAAAUAGAUAAACUUAAAAUUGAAGAAAAGUUGGAAAUGAAGUCUGAAUCUGAUGGUGAAGUAAAAAUAGAAGAUUUGGAUACUAAGAAGAUCGUCAAAGACGAGAUAAAAAAACCGCCUAUACUUGAAACCCCAGUAUUAAACGAUGUGACUCCUAAGAAAAAUAAAGACACGAAAAUUGAGACCUCAAAAAGCAACUGUUCGGGUUCUGAAGAAGAAAUUCCUAAAAAAGGAAAACAGAGGGGCAAAGGUAAACAGAGUAAAAAGACAGACAAAUCAAAACCAAAAGGUCGAACGAAAGCUAAAGGAAGGAAAGACAGAAAAAAGUCAAAGGAAAAAAAUAAUGGUGAAUCUGAAUCCGAAGAAAGUGAGAAGGAAGAAAAGAUGAAUAGAGAGGAAGAAUUGGCUAUGGUAAAGAAAGCAGAGGAAGUUACAUAUGACUGGGCCGCUGAAUUAUUGAAAGAUUAUAUACCAGGCUUAAUAGAGAAUUCAGCUAAAAUGGAGUUGUUCUUCUACAUAUUAAAUGAAAGUAUAAAGAUGGGUGAUCGUUUACUACUUUUCAGUCAGAGUUUGUUUACUUUGAACUUAAUUGAAGAUUUCUUGGAAAGAAAUUAUAUACCUGGUACUAACUGUAGGUGGGAAAGAAAUACAAACUAUUAUCGUCUCGAUGGUUCUACACAUGCAUUGGAACGCGAGAAAUUAAUCAAUGAGUUCAAUGCAAAUCCUCAUGUUUACCUUUUCCUAGUAUCCACCAGAGCUGGAUCAUUGGGUAUUAACCUCGUUGGUGCCAACAGAGUCAUUGUUUUUGAUGCUAGUUGGAAUCCUUGUCAUGAUACGCAAGCUGUAUGUCGUGUUUACAGGUACGGUCAAAAGAAACCCUGUUUCGUCUAUCGAUUUGUAAUGGAUUGGUGUCUCGAGAAGAAGAUCUAUGAUCGUCAGAUCAAUAAACAGGGUAUGGCUGAUCGUGUUGUUGACGAAUGUAAUCCAGACGCAGUGCUUUCUAUGAAAGAAAUCACCAAUCUUUGUUUCGACAAUGAUGAAAAAGAAUCGGAACCUAAAGACCUGUCCGAGUACAAGGACAAGUAUUUAGACAUUCUUAUGCAAGGUAUAAUAACGCAGCACUGGAAAUCACUGAGCAAAGAACCGUUCCAACACGAAUCUUUAUUGGUUGAUAGAAAGGAGAAAAAAUUAUCUAGUGCCGAAAAAAGACUUGCACAAAGAGGGUAUGAGUUGGAAAAGAAAGCGGCCCUCGCCCCUAAGCCGACGACGGCGUAUCGUACGGUGCGUACGGCGGAUGGCAGCUUAGUGCAGAGACCGGUCGCUUCCGUGCGGCCGAUGCAACACGGCGCGCGCUGGAUACCCGCCGACGUGUGGAGGCGACAGGGCAUGUCCGCGCAGGAGAUGACGUUACCGCUCGAUGUCGUGAUACCUACAAACUCGGCGGAGAAAACCAAUAUCGUGUUGAAGGCUGGUCAACGAGUGAUGGUUUUGAAGUCUCCGAAAGGCAUAUACAUGCAACUAGAGUCAGGAAAAAUUAUUGCAAUUAAGACUUCUUUCAAAGGAUUAGGAGGACAGAAGAGUGGUGAUAAUAAAGAUAGUCCUAUCGGAAAGAAAGUGUUAAGCAGUCGUCCAUCUGGGUCAAGUAUUCCGGGCUCCCUAAAGAAUAACUCGGCGAUCACUAUCACUUCUAAAACGGGGCCUCGACCAUAUCAAAGAGUACUAACAAGGCCGUCUAUGAUGAAUAAAAUAUCAAGACCCGUGAUACCUGGUCAGAAAAUUGCCGAUAUUAGGAGUAGAUUGAACGAGUUGAGAUCAUAUUCUAGUAUGCGCCCCAGGUCACCGAUUCCUCCAGGCAGAUUAAUGCGACCUAACCUACCAGGAUCAGUUAGUAUAACAAAAAUUACUAAAGACGCUAAGAAGUCUGAUAAUGAAAAUAGUGAUACUAACACAGGUAAUAGAAUGGAUGUGGAUUCCGAGGAUGACCCUCAAGUGUUGGAAAGUGAUGAUGAUGACGACACUAGAGCACAUGCUAGCUCGUUGUCGCCUUCUAGUCGAAUUUUAGACAGUGGCAAUUAUGAUAGUCAAGGACGUCCAAUGUCUUCCACGAGGCAAGAACAAGAUAGAGAAUCAAAGCCUCAAUCAUCAGAACCACUAGUUUUAACUACUGAUGAGAAAUUGCCUUCAGAAGAAGCUUUAGAGAGAAAACCUAAUCGGGAAUUCUCAUCAGAAAUAAAAAUGGCGCAACAAAAAGUGAAAAGAACAAAAAAUGAACAACAAAAGUUAAAAUCAGAUCUGCAAAAAUUGAAAGCGCAAUCAUUAUCAAUGGAUAGGCUGAUGCCAAAAAUAGAUCCGCACCAUUUGAAAAUGGAGCAGAAAAUGCCACACAUGGAACAAGGAAUGUCACAAAUGGAACAGAUGCCCCAGCCGGAUCACGAUAUUCACGUAAACGAACCGGUCGAGAGAAAAAUUAAUUUACUGAAGAAUUAUCGACACCAGCGGCAAGGUAGUCGCCCGCCGACAGAAUCUAGCUUAUUACAAUUGGAGAGAACAGCUAGUGUUUUAAACAAAGAAGGUAUGCCAGACUUCCGUCGAAACUUGGAUGACAUAACACAAUCGUAUUCUCCAACUAAUGAGGAGAAACCAGCUAGCAAAUCAAGAAAGAAAAAGGUCCCAACCAAAGUGGAUGUCACUGAAUCUCAAAGUAGUGAGCGGCAGCCCCCAACUGUAGGGAUGUCUCACAGUGUGUCUAGUCUAUUAGGGUCUACCACAAAUAACGUACAAAAGUCGAGAAAAGGUGAACAAAACAUGGCGCCAGUUGCGCCAAUAGAAAAUUCGGUAGCUGGAGCGCAAAGACUGAUGAGUCGAGCUUCUGUUGGAUUACCUCCUGAAGGCGCUGGAAGUAGAAUGCCAUUUCCGCAAGGACUCCCUGUGAAACCUCAGGGUAUUCAACCACCUAUGUCUGGUAUGUUCCAUGGGGAAUUGGAUAAAAGCAGUUCGCCUGCAAUGACCCAUCCACAGGGCGCUUUGCCGCCAAGUCAGCAGUUCCCCCCAGCUAAUCCACCUCCAGAAGGACCUUAUGCUCAAUAUCCAGGUCAGUAAAACAGUUUACUAUUUUUUGAUCAAUUAGAAAAUUGGUGUUGGAAUCAAAAGUAACAUACAUAUUCGUGAGGGUAUAUAUAAUAGGGGUUAAAGUAUGGAAUUGCAUUUGUACUGAAAAUCAAAAUUGUUUAUUUUUAAGUAAUUUAUUUAAUCAAAAUAGUUACCAUAUUUAUUUAUACAUUGCUGCCAUCUACUAGGAAGGUCAUUUAUGCCUUUGCGAUAAAAUUCUGAGGAUCUAGAUUGCGAAAACAUUUUGUACUGCCUCCUGGGAAGAAAACUUCUUGUCACGUAGAUAAUUAUACAAAUAACGAAAAAAUGGUAGUCCAUUGGAGCAAAGUCUGGCGAAUACGGAGGAUGACGAAUGGUUUCUAACUGCAGUUCCUGAAGGGUCAA